AUGGCGCCUCAUGCUGACGAAGCUGAAUUUCUUCCCGUAACUGAUGAGAGCACACAAUCACUCCGUGGAGGAGGAGAGGGAAACAGAUUGGCCGGAAAAGUGGCAGUGGUGACGGGUGCAGGCAGUGGAUUCGGAGAAGCGAUUGCGAAGAAGUAUGCUUUUGAAGGAGCAGCUGUCGUCUGUGUCGACAUGAACGAGAAAGCGGCUGCACGUGUCGCUGGGGAGAUCGGAGGGGAAAAGUGUAUCUCGUUUAAGGCGGACGUGAGCAACUUCAAAGAUUGGGAAGCUUUGAUCAAGAAAUGCAAAGAAGAACUCGGUGGGAUUGAUAUUCUUGUCAAUAACGCUGGGACGUCUCAUAAGAACAAGCCAACUCUGGAGGUGACAGAAGACGAGUUCGACCGCGUUUUCGCCGUAAAUGUCAAAUCCAUCUUUCACUCGGUCCACGCCGUGAUGCCCCUCCUCAUUGAACAAAACCGCGGCGGAAGCAUCAUCAACACCUCCUCCAUCGGCGCUCACCGUCCUCGUCCCGGACUCAGCUGGUACAACGCCAGUAAAAGUGCCGUAACCAAUGUCACCAAAUCACUUGCAGCAGAGUAUGGACCCAAGGGUAUCCGUGUGAACGCUAUUUUGCCUCUUAUGGCUGCUACAGGUCUUAUUGAAACGUUUAUGGGGAUGGAGAACACGGAGGAGAACCGGGCUAAGUUCGUGGGAAACGUGCCGAUGGGGAGGUUGUGUACUCCGGAAGAUGUUGCCAAAGCAGCGCUUUUCCUUGCAAGCGACGACUCGUCUUUCAUUACUGGACAACAGCUUGAGGUUGAUGGAGGGCGCGGGAUCUGA